AUGUCUGCCCGGACUCGCAUGAACUCCAGUGAUCCUGCAUUGGAUAUGAAUGUCAUUCAGAAGAAAUCCGAGCCGAAGCCCCAGCGGGCGCAUACCCCCCAAUGGGUUUCUCUCAUUGCUGGAGGUGUGGCAGGUGCAGUAGAGGCAACAAUUACUUAUCCAUUUGAGUACUCCAAGACUCGCGUUCAGUUGCUAGACAAUAGCGCUGUUCAGACGUCUAACCCCCUGCGCCUUAUCUCUCAGGUCGCCAAGCAGGAAGGUGUUGGCGCACUUUACACAGGUUGCUCAACCCUUGUCAUAGGACCUGCAGCGAAAGCCGCAGUAAGGUUUCUAUCGUAUGAUACGAUCCGUAACUCUCUCGCCGAUGAUCGCGGCGUCUUGUCACCCGGCAGAGGAAUUUUGGCUGGAAUGACAGCAGGAGCUGUAGAAAGCGUUCUUGCAGUAACGCCAACAGAAAGAAUCAAGACUGCUCUAAUCGACGAUGCUAAAGGCGCCCGGCAGUUCAAAUCCAGCUUUCAUGCCACAAAAGUGUUAGUGCAGAGGCACGGAAUCACUGAACUUUAUCGAGGCCUUGUGUCCACUGCUAUGAAGCAAUCGGCAACCUCAGCAGUCCGCAUGGGGACUUACAAUGUGCUCAAAGAAGCCACCAAAGCCAGGGGCAUCAAAACCAACGUGUUCACGACUUUCGGAACCGGUGCCCUAGCAGGGGUGGUCACCGUUUACGCUACACAGCCCUUUGAUACGAUCAAGACCAGGGCACAAGGUGUUCAGGGAGCGAGUAUCAGUGAGGCAUCACGAAGCGUGAUCCGCGAUUAUGGGAUCCGUGGUUUCUGGAAGGGUAGUAGUAUGCGGCUGGGCCGUCUGCUCUUGAGUGGCGGUAUUGUGUUCUCUGUCUAUGAGGAGGUUUCGGCGAUUCUGUCGCCGAGUACGCAUAGAUGA